AUAUGAUAGUACUGUAUUUGUGCAAGCUCUCUUCCUCCACUUCUCCCUCCCCUCUCUCUCUCUCUCUCUGUUUUCUCUCCAUCGCUCUUUUCUCUUCAACUCCUUUUAAUCAAAUAGGCACCGUCAUUAUUUCCGUCAAACAUUUUCUAAAUAUCCAAGUUGCACUUCAGACCGGUGUAUUUCUUAUAAAAUGCCUCGUUCUAUUAACGUUAAUGUCCCCCUCGUCCCUCCUCUUCACUCUCUUAAAAACUCUUCAGGUUUUUCCAACUGAGCGAUUCAGACUGAGGCGGGCGCAACCGCACUAGAGGGAAAGUCGUGCUGGACUGGCGCGAUAUCCUCGCACGGUUCACAACUAAAAGAAGACCUGACCCGCGUUUAAUCAUGCUUUUAAGAGAUGGAAUAUGCUGAUUUUAAAAGUUGACCAGGGAUUUCUAGUUGUGGGGUGUUUGCGAGGCAUGGCUUUCCUUUUAACUUGCUUAUUUCUGUCUUGUUACAGUGCGAGCAGUGUUUGGGGAAACCAGCACAGUGACACCAGUAUCUAUUUGGAUAACAUCACGCGUAUAUUGGAUAGAUUACUGGAUGGCUAUGACAACAGGCUGCGACCUGGAUUUGGAGGUCCAGUCACAGAGGUCAAAACUGACAUCUUUGUCACCAGCUUUGGACCUGUUUCAGAUGUUGAGAUGGAAUACACCAUGGACGUGUUCUUUCGUCAGACAUGGAUUGAUGAACGGCUAAAAUUCGAGGGCCCCAUCGAGAUCCUGCGGCUCAACAACCUGAUGGUCAGCAAGAUCUGGACGCCGGACACCUUUUUCCGGAAUGGCAAGAGGUCGAUCUCGCACAACAUGACCACCCCCAACAAGCUGUUCCGCAUCAUGCAGAACGGAACUAUCCUCUACACCAUGAGAUUAACUAUAAAUGCAGAGUGCCCCAUGCGUCUGAUGAACUUCCCGAUGGAUGGCCAUGCCUGCCCGCUCAAGUUCGGCAGUUAUGCUUACCCUAUCAGCGAGAUUGUGUACACUUGGAAGAAAGGUCCUCUGUCGUCUGUCGAGGUGCCACAGGAGUCAUCCAGUUUGCUGCAGUACGACCUCAUCGGUCAGACAGUGUCAAGCGAGAGGCUAAAAUCCAAUACAGGUGAAUAUGUCAUCAUGACCGUCCACUUCCACCUGCAAAGGAAAAUGGGCUUCUUCCUGAUUCAGACUUACAUUCCCUGUAUUAUGACGGUCAUCCUGGCCCAAGUCUCUUUCUGGAUUAAUAAGGAAUCAGUUCCAGCUCGGACUGUGUUUGGUAUCACCACAGUCUUGACCAUGACAACACUCAGUAUCAGCGCCCGCCACUCCCUUCCCAAAGUUUCUUACGCCACGGCCAUGGAUUGGUUCAUCGCCGUUUGCUUUGCCUUUGUUUUCUCCGCCCUGAUUGAGUUUGCGGCCGUCAACUACUUCUCCACCCUGCAGGCCAACCGGGAGCUGCGGAAGGCAGCAGCCAUGAAGGCGGCAGCUCAGGAGGCGGCAGCGGCAGCGGCAGCUGCAGCCGCGGCUCCGGUUGCAGCCACAGGGAACGACGGAGAGGUUUCUUCAGUGGAUGCAAGUAGUAUGCUGAAGAAGAGGAUGAACUCGGCCCCACUGUUUGACCGCCCUGCAAAAACAUUUCCCAACCCACCUGUCAAUGCCCAAGCCUUCCUGCAGCAGGGUUCAGCUGUACCGGCCAACAAUGUUCUGACUGGCACCAGCAUCAUCGACAAAUACUCCCGCAUCCUCUUCCCCCUUUCAUUCGGAGCCUUCAACCUGGUCUACUGGAUCGUCUAUCUCACCAAGGACACAAUGGAGAUGUCCAGGGAUACCGUCUAAGCCAAGAGUCUUCGUCUUCCGGGAAAUCACACACUUGCAUACACCUGCACGGACACACACGCAGAUAUAUACACACAAUAAACAGAUGACAAACGUUUGCCAAGCACUCUUUUAUGCCACCUCAGUGCAUUGUAUUUCUUUUUAAGUACUCCCUUGGAAAGUGGGUGUGUUGAGAGCAGAUGAACCAGCUUAUAUUGCCAACUUGACCUGGGAGCUCACAGCCUGUGGGCCCCAGGCUCUGGAACCAUUUCAAACAGGUAUUAUAUCUCUCUCUGUCUCUUUAAUUUGUUUAUUUCUCUUCCUCAACAUAUAUAUUAAAAAAAAAAAAGUGUCUGUCCUGUAUUCCCUGCCCAAGUUGGAUGGGGCUGGACAUAACAGCUAAGCUAGCUAGGCUGCAGCGCCAGAGGCAGAGCCACUACUUUGUUGUAUUAUUUCUGUAUGCGUGUAGCAUGCAUGUAUUACCACACAUCUUCUUGCAUGUGUGUUUGAAAUGAUACAUUCCCUACACCGAUACUUAGAACACACUUGAGGAAAUGAGUGUGCCCGUUGUCCUGACUGGAUCCAGUGUGACUGACUGACUUGCAGGAACUCUCUCACUCCCAGCUCUUUUUUCUACUCUUCUUUUUUUUUCCCUGCACAACACUCAUUUGCAACAACAUUUUGUGGUUCAUUGGCUUAAUUUCCCUCCGCUGAUGGAGUACAGAGGACGUGAAGCAAGAUCUUCAAGGGGUUUUUAUGGUGUGUUCCACAGAUACGUUGGCCUGGGUGGAUAUUCGUUGUCACAUGCACAUGCAGAUGGAGAGACGUGCACGUACAAAUAUAAAAAAAAUACAAACACUAAAAGCCCAAAAGCUGUGAUCCAUCUGGUAUACCAUUUCUUGGGAAAAUUUACAGAAACAGAGGACACUGCAAAAUUGUUAGGAAAACAAAGUUAGCCAGAUAUUUAGUGUAAGCCAGAGGAAUUAGUCUGAGCUGCAAAUCCAGGACAUGCAACACAUGUCCGUGCACUAUGAAUGUAAACAUAAUGGAUUGAUAAUGUGGCAGUGUCUUAUGCCAGACAUGCAUUAAAAAAGCAGGAAAACAUGCAAUCAACACAUUACAGCACAUAUACUCAUUAGUAUCUGAUAUAGUAAGGUGUUUAUGUAUACUGGCAACUCCCUAUCUUUCCCCUAUGAAGAUUUAAGUCUUUAGACACUAACAUUGUUUUCAUUUUCUUUUUCAUUGUUUCCAUUAAUUGUAGUAAUUUUAAUUGAAGUUAAAAGACUCCUACAUUGGUUGCCAAUUAUUUCUUGAGAUGACAAUUAUGGCUUUUGGUUUUCAUUAAAAAACAGUGAAAAACAGAAUCAAAAACCUAUCAUCAUCAUUUAUACAAAAUGCCAAAACAUAUUCAUAAUUAAUCCACUUGUGUGGAUUUGCAUAUGAUUAUACACCGUUUCCAAUUAAGUGGGUAACAUGUUAAAGCCAUGUGGUGUCUAUAUAUAAACUGAUGUGUGUUUUCUUCCUCAUGACAUCCAUCAUCCACAAGAAUGUUCUCAUUAAAGGAGUCUCCUAUUAACACAGGGACCUUCUGAAAUAGAAAAACCUGCACACUGCACCAAAAGAUUAUAGUAGUCGUGAAAACUGUACACUUCCUCUGGCUGUUCAGUUGAUAUUUGAUUUUUCUCACACAAACAUUAUGAAAAAGGAUUUACAACUGUUGGUAAUAACCCUUUGUUCUUAAUCAUCUAUGAAAGUUAUAUAACAAUAAUUAACAUGAUUUCCUAGUUCUUAAAUAUUGUUUUAUGAUGUUUUUCUUAAAGGAAGCUCUGCAUUUGUUGUAAUUAUGUGUAUUUCUUAUGAGCAUUUGUGAACAGACCAGCAUGGUAGAGCUCAGUUCAAUAAGGCUGACGUAAUAAAUAAGUAAUGCAUGAUUAAAACUUUACAUCAUAAACAUAGUUUUUCAAUAACAAAAAUAUGCAAUGCAAUAGAAAAAUGCAAUAUGGACUAUGGUUUGCUUAAAACCAUAUUCUGAAGUUGUAAAGCUUUUGUGAACUUGCAAACAAGCAACUCUAUUGCCAGGCAAGAACAUCAAUAUUGGACAAUUCUGCAAAAAAUCGGAUUACAUCCAGUGCCAAGGAUUUUAAAUUGUUGCUUUCUACAAUAUUUGUGCAUGGCAACUAUACGACUAAGGUAUGGUUAGACUUAGGCUAUUAAAAAAAUAAAACUUUAAUUGCAGGUCUGUGACAGGACUCAUGAGUGUACUUUAAAUCUCUGGACAGUUGACAUUGAAAUUAUGUGUAACUGUGGCCUACUGUUGUCAAUUAUGGAGUGCAAAAGAAUUUCUUCAUUUGCCUGUUGUUGCAUGUUUCUUUCACUUGUACACCAGAGGACUAAAAGAACAGUGGUGUCAGACUGUAUGAACUGUCUUUGUAUCCACCCUCUAUUUCUACUUCAUUCACCCUCCUCCGCUCUGUUUUUGAGGCAGAGGCUGAUGAGACAGGGCAUUUCAGCCCUUAUUGCCCUGUACGUCAGGCUCUAUUGUGGGAAAACCUGACUGCCAGUGAACUCAGACUGCUACAGAACUGCUGGCUCAACCCCAAUGGAGCCUCAGAACACCAGCGACCUCCCACCUCCAGUGGUGACUGAGUGCGUUUCUGCAGAAUAAACUUAAGUCAUAUAGUCAGACAGAAAUAAGCUGCAGUGAGAGGGUGUGUAUGGAAGUGUGUGUGCGAGCGUGUGUGCUUUUUUUUAUAUGACUGAUAUGCUCAUCUGCUUUUAUCAGUGACCCAAUUGAUCUGCCCUCUGACCCCAGCCUAGCUGCUCUGCUCCAUCGCACCUCCGCGAGAACGGCACUUGCAUGACCUCCGACCCUUUAUGUGCUUGUUAGGGUUGUUGAAUGUAGAAGGUUGUGAACUCCAUAGAAUAUAUAAUUCUAUUGCUAUGGUGACUGCGGCCAUAAACUGCCCUUUUGUCAUUUUGUUUCAUUCCACAGGCAUGGGCUUUAUUGAUUCUUUCAUUUAGCCAGUGUUAAUCCUUUUUUUUUUCAUUUGCCUAGAAAUUGUGGGCACAAUUUAGAAGACAAUGAAUGCUCUACAUUGUUACUUACUCUGUGUAUAUUUUGUGAAUAUGAUUAAGUAUUUCUGUAGGUUGCUAUUUGUAUUCCAACUGUAUGACCCUGCUUGAUGCUCAGCUGCACUGCAUUAACCAUUUGUACUGGUUUGAAUGACAGACUUUUGUCACUUUUGUAUUUGAACAGUUUAGUUCCUCCACAUUUGCUCCUUGUACACAUUGCUCUCCAUUAUAGUUUGUAUUGUCAUGAGGAUGGCCUGUUUUUAUUUAUUCAAGUAUUUUGUCCCCUGUUAAUAAAUGAAGCCCUAGCCACUUUUCCCACAGAAUUGUAUAUUGCUAUGUUCAAUAAAGCCAGUUUGUAUGUGCAUAUAUAUGUAUAUAUGUAUGCACAUUACAUAUUCCUCUCUACCAGUUGUAUAUAACUACCACUUUGCAGUGAGACAAGUAUUCUAAAGUAGUCUUUGAGGCUCUGCUCAUUGUGGGAUUAUAAAAAUACAAUAUUUGUUAUAAGGUGCAAUUUGUAGCCCUUCUUAGCAGGAAAUGUUCUUAUUACUGCCAUAAUUUACAUUAUAUGACAUGUAAGGAACCUUUUUCAUCUAAACAGAUGCCUGAAUUUACAUUUUUGGAUAGUUAUUAGAGUCUGUCACCAUGCAGAAGAUCACAAUGGUUUAAUAUAAUCAAUUUCAUUUGUUACUUUAAACCACACAGUAUAAAGACAAUAAUUCUAAUUUCACACAUGAAUGCUACUGUACACUAAAUGUGAAUCCUUUACCACUCCCAAUGAUUAAAGAAAUGAUGUGAUAUGAAAUGUCUUCAGGGAAUAUAGAAGGGUUGUGUUUAUGUUUGAUUUAUAUAAUUCUCUCUCGAUAUGUUUUACUCUGUAAAUGGGUGACACUACAGUGAACUACAGCAUAUGACACUGAGAAUUGGUUGACAUUCAGUGGCACUUUGCACUGCAAACACAUACAAACAAACAACCCUGUUUACGCAGCUAUAUAUAAACAGCUACACAUGCACAUGCAGUGCACCCUGGUGUAGAUGAAAAGCUGUCCAUGCAAAGAAACCUGCCAACUCACAAACCUUUUGCCUAAAAAACUACAAUAAAGUCAUGCAUUUAGCCCUAAAGUAAAGUGACCCUUUAACCCCAGCAGCGUUAACUCUCCAUUCAUGUACCCAAAAUGGGGAAACCUCUGCCCCCAACCCCAAGCACACUCUCCUAUCACUCUGCUUUCUUUCCUCUACACUAUAAGAGCAGCCGGCAGGCAGAAAUAACCAGAGGACUGAAAAAAAGGAAGUUUUAUCAUCCAACUUCUUGUUCCAUUCCAAUGCAAACACAUGUGCUUCCAAACCUGUCUUAGUCUGGGUCACCGUAGCCAAUCACAAAAGGGUAGAGUGCCACCUAUUGGUGCACAACCUGAAUCCUCUCCCUUCUCUAUCACCACCUAACCACUCUCCCUCCUCCCACAGACACACUGGCACUCAACUCCUACACACUGACUCACCAUAUGUUUUUUACACACGCACAGAGAAAAUCACAGUUUGAGAGCACACAGCAACCACAUGCACACGAAGACUGACAUGCAGAAAUAUGUGUGUACAUGUGAGAAUUCAAAGAGAUGCUCAUGCAUGAACAAAUAUAUACCAAAAAUACAGGACACAGAUUUAUACCGAUACAAAACACCCACAACAAUAAUCACCAAAUGCACUACAGGUACAGUGAAUUGGAGUUGGGCAUAAUAGAUAAUAAUUUUUUAGAUAAAGUUACAUAGCUGAAUAAUAUAACAAGAAAUUAUUUUAUUAUGUAUUAUUGUCUCAAAGCAGCUGUGGACCUUUGUUGCAUGUCAUUCAUCAUCCUUCUCCCUCCUUAUUUCCUGUAAUUUGUCUUCUGUCAAACCUAUAAUAAAGGCAUAAAAAUGCCCCCAAAAACAUAUAAAAAAACGAUUAUCUCAAUAA